AUGACGUCCGGCAUCUGCUGCAGCCAAGCGACGGGUCUUCUUGCUCCUAUCCUCAAGAAGUCCCAGAUCCUCAAUUGUUGCUGCAACGCAAUGACCAUCCUUCCACAGACCCAGGCUGCUUUUGAUACUGAGAUGGUCCUUCACCAAGACCGAGACGGCUUCCAAGCUUCUGCCUCGGGGCUUGAUCAAUGUCAAUCGCAGGUGCCGCUCAACUUCGCCUACGAGCCAGCCAUGGUGGUAUCCCCAAGCUGGACUCUGGGCGGCCCGCUAGGGACAGAGUAUAUAUCGUCUGAUCCCUUUUUCUCUCCUGUACUUUCUGAUGUCCUGGAAGCCGGAUCGCCACCGACUAGCGGCCUCGACUCUAACGGCAGCUCCGACCAAAAUUACUUUCCGGCCGUCGAGGAUCCUCCAUUUACGGGUACGAGCGGGUCCUUGAGCCCGCCCGAUGACGACCGCUUGGAGAGCGAUAGCGUCGGCAACGGCAGGGCCACCGCCGCAGCUUCUGCAGCGACAACGGCCCGGGCCUCCAGCCCGAUGCGCCUCUCCGACGCCAAGCUCCGGUCCGCCUCCCGGAAGCCCAAGAAGCACAGGGGCGGGGCCCGCCAGACCGCCGCCUCGGCCCGCGAGACGCGCCUGCGCGCCGGCCACAACCUCUGCGAGAAGAACUACCGCGACCGCCUCAAGGCCUACUUUGAGGACCUGCUCGUCGUGCUGCCCAUGGGCGGCGCCGCCGGCGACUCGGACGACGACGACGACAGCCCUUCCGCGGGCGAGAACAUCAGCCGCGCGCUGCAGCAGGGCGGCGCCGGCGCCGGCGGCCAGGCCUUCAGCAGGGGCCAGGUCCUCGAGGCCGCCCGGAAGCGCAUCCUCGAGCUCGAGAGGAAGGUCGACCGCCUGUCGUCCGAGCUCGGAUACCACGGCUCGUCGCCCCAGGCGACUGCUGCUGCUCAUAGGAGAUCAGUGUGCGUGGGCGGGAACGCUGUGCAGUUAUGA